AUGAUGAACGUUGCUGGAAUACCUGGAAUUGCUGCAAAUUUGCUUUUAAUUUUUGUAACAAUUCAAAACGAUAAAUUGAGAGGGGCAGCUAAUUAUUUAUUGGCUUUAACUGCUUUCUUUGAAAUUCUCCAUCAAUCAUCACAUUUCUUAUUUUUGUUUAUAACAGUUAGUGGCAUCAAUUUCAUUAAUUAUUCUACAGCUUUACAAUUCCAAUUACAUUCAAUUUUUGGCGUGACAGCAGCACAGACAUCUAUGGCUUCAACAGCUGCCGACAGACUUUUAUCUGUUCUGUUCCCAUUAAAAUACAAUAAAAUAAAUAUUCGUCUUUACCUCUCAAUCCACACAAUUUUGGCUUUUUCUAGUGGAAUUUGGAUGUCAAUAAAUGCUAUUAAUUUAUCAAAUAAAUACCCAACACUUCCCGUUACUGGAUAUAUUUCUGAUUUGUUAGUUCUAGAUAUGGAAAUAAUGUUCCAAUUUAUUAUGCUUCUAUGCGGAAUUAAUGCUCUAUUAUAUUUAUUUGUUUGGAUUGUUGUACGUUGGUUCCAUUCAGCAAACAAUGAUGGAGGUCUUUCAACAGACACUCAAUCACGUCUUCUUAAAUCACUAAUUUUAAUUGUCUCUAUCGUUAUUGGUGGUUAUGUAAUUAACAGUAUUUGUCGAAUGAUUAUUAAUCAUUUUUUUAAUUUAAAUGAUAUACAAGUAAAAGAAAAUUUUGUAAAAAUAACUUUAAAAAUUUUUUUAGAUUUGGUCAGUUAA